AUGAGCAGUCUCCCAUCCGUCGGUGCCCGCAGGAGCCUCUGUGCACUCGCCAUGGUGGACAGCAUCUACCGGACCCGCUCGCUGGGCAUGGCGGCCAAGGGGCUGCCGAACCAGUACGCCGAUGGCCACGCAGCGCGGAUCUGGCAGCUCUACUUCAGCGACAUGCAAAGUGCACCGCCGAGUACAAGAACUGGCUGGUGUCACUGCUGUGCGCCCAGCGCCGCAACACAGUGCUCAACAUGGACUUCGGCACCGGGUGAGUCACACGGCAGGAGGAGGAGGCGGUGCUGGGUGCUGGAUCAUGACCCAGCUUGA